AUGAGUAAAGUAGCCGGAAAGCGUUUGGUGUAUUUUCCUAAUAUACCGUUUAUUCUCUACCGAGGACUGAAUUUACCGCCAAACUUUGCUGCAUUUCGUGUUCCUUUGAAUGUGAAUAAAUUUGAUGUUCGAGAUUAUUUAUUGCAUGUUUAUAACCUCAAAGUUCUUUCGGUGAAAACCAACAUUUACCAAGGAAAUCUUUACCGGAAUGAAUACGGUCGAGUCAGAAGAGAGCAAGCUACCAAACGCGCAAUUGUCGAAAUGGAAGAACCAUUUAUCUACCCAGAACUUCCAGAAGAUUUACGACAAUGGCAAGCUGGUGAUGCUUUGCCAGAUGGCACGAGUGCUCAAACUUUGAGCAGAUAUCCCAAGAUUUUGGAAAAAGCUGACAUGAAAGGUGUCAAUGAAGAGCUGGAUAAGCUGAAGAAUGCAAAUUUCUCCACUUCUCAGCAAAAGAUAUCUCGUUUAUUAAAAAAUAUGCAUUGA